UAAAAGCCCUCACUAGCGGCUUCUCCUUCUCCAGCCGAUUUCUCCCAAGACGAUUCCACCCUCCAAGCUGCGAUCGGUCCAAGACAAGGAGGAGGAGGAGGAGGAGUGGGAGAGGAGGAAGGCGGAGAGGAGCCAGCGGCCGGGAAAUGGCGAACGACAUCAUCCGGAACAGCAGCAGCCGACGGAGCUGGGCGGAGAGCUUCCAGGACCGGGCGGAUGUGUUCCAGCGCAGCCGGAUGACCGACGAGGGCGAUGACGAGGAGAAUCUCAAGUGGGCAGCGCUGGAGAAGCUGCCGACAUACGACCGGAUGAGGAAGGGAAUCCUCCGGAAGAUGGCGGAGAACGGGAACGUCAUCACAAGCGAGAUCGAUGUCAACCAGCUCGGCCCGCAGGACCGGAAGCAGCUGCUCGAUCACAUCUUCAAGGUGGUAGAGGAGGACAACGAGCGCUUCCUCACUCGCCUCCGAGACCGUAUCGACCGAGUCGGGCUGGAACUUCCAAAGAUUGAGGUCCGAUAUGAGAACGUAUCAGUGGAGGCAGAUGUGCACGUCGGAAGCAGAGCACUGCCUACCUUGUGGAAUUUCACUGUCAACAUUCUCGAGGAUAUUGUUGGCCUCGUAAGAUUAAAUCGAACCAAGAAAAAGAAUUUAAAGAUUCUUAAUGAUGUCAGUGGGAUAUUAAAGCCGACAAGGAUGACAUUGUUGCUUGGACCUCCAGCUUCAGGGAAAACAACACUCUUGCUUGCCUUGGCGGGGAAGCUUGAUAGAAGUCUAAGACAACGGGGUCGAGUCACAUAUUGUGGCCAUGAGCUGUCAGAAUUUGUUCCUCAAAGAACUUCUGCUUACAUUAGUCAGUUGGAUAUUCACAAUGGCGAGAUGACAGUUCGAGAAACAUUGGAUUUCUCAGCACGGUGUUUGGGUGUAGGAUCAAGGUAUGAGAUGUUAUCAGAAUUGUCAAGACGAGAGAAAGAUGCAGGUAUUAAACCAGAUCCUGAGAUUGAUGCAUUCAUGAAAGCUGCUGCAAUGAAAGGGCAGAAAACCAAUGUAUCAACCGAUUAUAUUCUCAAGGUACUUGGUUUGGACAUUUGUGCAGACAUCUUUGUCGGUGAUCAAAUGCGACGUGGCAUUUCUGGAGGACAAAAGAAGCGUGUGACAACUGGAGAGAUGUUAACUGGGCCUGCACGAGCACUUUUCAUGGAUGAAAUAUCAACUGGACUUGAUAGUUCUACUACCUUCCAAAUAAUAAGGUUCAUGAGACAGAUGGUCCACGUCAUGGAUGGAACAGUGCUCAUUUCUCUUCUUCAACCAGCACCUGAGACAUUUGAACUAUUUGAUGAUGUUAUUUUGAUAUCUGAGGGCCAAAUAGUCUAUCAAGGUCCUCGGGAGCACGUUGUUGAGUUCUUUGAGUCUGUUGGUUUUAAAUGCCCUGAAAGGAAAGGUGUCGCUGACUUUCUUCAAGAGGUAACUUCAAAGAAGGAUCAAGCACAGUAUUGGACUAAUAAGGACAAACCUUACCGUUUUAUUUCAGUACCCGAGUUUGUUGAGCUUUUUAAGAAAUUUCAUGUUGGGAGACAACUAGCUGCAGAGCUUAGUGUUCCUUAUGAUAAGUCUAAAGCCCAUCCUGCAGCACUGACGACAGAAAGAUAUGGUAUUUCUAACUGGGAAAUUUUGAAGGCAUGUUUUUCGAGGGAGUGGUUGCUGAUGAAGAGAAAUUCUUUUAUCUUUAUUUUUAAGACAACCCAGAUAACCACACUUUCUUUGAUAGCCAGUUCUGUGUUUUUCAGAACAGAAAUGCACCAUCGAACGAUUGCUGACGGUAACAAAUUUUUUGGUGCACUAUUCUUUACCUUGACGAACAUCAUGUUCAAUGGAAUGGCAGAAAUUGUGAUGACUGUUGAGAAGCUCCCCGUAUUUUAUAAACAGAGAGAUUUCUUGUUUUUCCCUCCUUGGGCUUUUGGCAUUGUAUACACUCUUCUCAAAAUUCCUCUUUCAUUUCUAGACACGGGGAUUUGGAUCGUACUUACUUACUAUAUCAUUGGUUUUGCCCCUGCUGCAGGACGGUUCUUCCGCCACUUCCUUGCACUUCUCCUUACCCAUCAAAUGGCUCUUGGUCUGUUCCGCUUCAUUGCUGCAGCAUCAAGAACGAUGGUUGUUGCCAAUACAUUUGGAACCUUCGCCUUGCUUAUUGUUUUCGUGCUAGGAGGGAUUGUCAUCUCUAAAGAUGACAUCAAACCCUGGUGGAUAUGGGGUUUCUGGAGUUCUCCCUUAAUGUAUGGGCAAAAUGCUAUUUGUAUUAAUGAGUUCCUUGACCCAAGAUGGGGCGGAAACAACACUGACGCAAGUAUAUCCGCUUCGACUGUGGGAACAGCUUUUCUUAAAUCUAGAGGAAUGUUUACUAGUGGCUAUUGGUAUUGGCUUGCAAUUGGAGCCCUCAUAGGAUUUAUUAUCCUAUUCAACAUAUUGUUUGUCCUUUCAAUCACUUACUUGAAUCCUUUUGCAAGUGCUCAAAAUGCAAUUGUUGAUGAGGAAUCAAGUAAGAAAAAGAAAAACUCAUCAAUAGAAAAUGGAAGGGUUGAAAUGAUAGAGAAUGCAAGUUCUGCUCGGCAGGAUAUAUCUGAUGCAGCAAGGAGAAAAAGCUCUGAAAGUUUUAGCGCUUCAGUUCGUCCAGCAAAGAGAGGAAUGGUUUUGCCUUUCCAGCCUCUUUCUCUUGCUUUUCAUCAUGUGAACUAUUAUGUUGACAUGCCUGCUGAAAUGAAGAGCCAAGGAGUUGAGGAAGAUCGUCUGCAGUUGCUGAGCGACGUAAGUGGUGCAUUUAGGCCAGGAGUCCUGACUGCAUUGGUUGGAGUUAGUGGAGCAGGAAAGACUACAUUGAUGGACGUUCUAGCAGGAAGAAAAACUGGUGGUUAUAUUGAAGGCGAGAUUAGUAUUUCUGGUUAUCCUAAAAAUCAGGAGACUUUUGCUAGAAUAAGUGGAUACUGUGAACAAAAUGACAUUCAUUCACCAUAUAUGACUAUUUAUGAAUCACUUGUUUACUCUGCUUGGCUGCGUCUUGCAUCAGACAUUGACAACCAAACACGACUGGUCAGUUGCAAUUUUUGUUUCCAUCCAAUUGCACCUUUAAGAGUGUUGCAUUAUUAUGAAUUGAUAUGUUUAAUGCAGAUGUUCGUGGAGGAGGUCAUGGAGUUGGUUGAACUUGAUACUCUAAGAGAUGCUCUAGUUGGCCUUCCUGGGGUUAAUGGUUUAUCAACUGAGCAGAGAAAAAGACUGACGAUUGCUGUUGAACUUGUUGCAAAUCCAUCCAUCAUCUUCAUGGAUGAGCCAACAUCAGGACUUGAUGCAAGAGCAGCAGCCAUAGUUAUGAGGACAGUUAGAAAUACAGUUGACACAGGACGAACUGUCGUGUGUACAAUCCACCAACCGAGCAUAGACAUUUUUGAAGCUUUUGAUGAGCUACUUUUGAUGAAAAGGGGAGGUCAAGUUAUAUAUGCUGGCCCUCUUGGUCGCCAAUCUCACAGGCUUGUUGAAUAUUUUGAAGCAAUUCCAGGGGUACCAAAAAUCGCUGAUGGUAUUAACCCUGCAACAUGGAUGUUGGACGUAAGCAGUACCCAAGCCGAGACUAGCUUGAAUAUUGACUUUGCAGAAGUUUAUGCCAAUUCCCCACUUUAUCAACAAAUCGAAGAACUUAUAAAAGAAUUGAGUAUUCCGGCACCAAAUUCGAAGGAUCUAUUCUUCCCUACAAAAUACUCGCAGACUUUUACUGUUCAAUGCCAAGCUUGUUUCUGGAAACAAUAUUGGUCUUAUUGGAGAAACCCACAAUACAAUGCUGUCCGAUUCUUCAUGACAACUGUUAUCGGUUUAAUAUUUGGCACAAUGUUUUGGAAUAAGGGCAAACAGACUAGCACUCAACAAGACGUUCUGAAUCUACUCGGAGCUUUCUAUGCUGCGGUCUUCUUCCUUGGAUCCAGCAAUUCUAUCAACGUGCAGCCGGUUGUGGCUGUUGAGAGGACGGUCUUCUACCGUGAAAGAGCUGCCGGGAUGUACUCAGCAUGGGCCUAUGCAUUUGCUCAAGUGAGCAUCGAGGUGCUAUACAUAGUGGUACAAGGAUUCAUCUACACGAUUCUUCUUUUCUCGAUGAUUGGCUUUACUUGGCGCGUAUCCAACUUCUUGUGGUUCUUCUACUUCAUCGUCAUGUGCUUUACCUAUUUUGUUCUGUAUGGGAUGAUGGCUGUGGCAGUCACGCCCAACCAUCAAGUCGCGGGCAUCGUCUCCAGCUUCUUCUUCAACUUCUGGAACUUGUUCGCGGGCUUUCUCAUUACACGACCGGAACUUCCUAUCUGGUGGAGGUGGUACUACUGGGGAAAUCCAGUAUCUUGGACAAUUUAUGGUGUCAUUGCAUCGCAGUUGGGGAAGAGAGGUGGCAGUGUCCGCGUUCCUGGAGAAGCAAGCGAGCCGCUACUUACGGAUUACUUGAACGAUACCCUGGGCUACGAGUACAGCUUCGUUAAGUGGGCGGCAUUGACUAACGUGGGUUUCGUCGUCGUGUUCUUCGUAGUCUUCGCCUACUCGAUCAAGUUCCUCAACUUCCAAAAGCGAUAGGCGAAUUCUUCAGUCCCAUCACUAUCUUCUAUAAAUGCUGAUUAGCUUAUACGAGCUAUAGUAAUUUUUGGUUUUUUUGUACACUUUAUUUCACUAUAUAUGAGGUUGAUAUUGACGAUGAGUUUAGCAUGUACUAUUUGUAAGUGUGGGAGAUCUCAAGGAUGUACAAUAUUCAUACAAUUAUUAUAAGAUACGUUCGACUUCCA